GCGAGCCCGGCUGCGGCGGCGGCGGCUGCAGCCAUGUGUUUCUCCGCCUGCCAGUGACACAAUAACACGGGAAGCGGCAGGAGGGAUCCGAGCCUGCCGAGGGGAAAGUGACCUGACCCGCUCAGGCCGGCGGCGAUGGAGGAGGGCAUGAGCAGCAUGCAGCAGAAAGCGGCGGAGCUGGAGCACAUGGCCGAGGUCCUGCUCACCGGCGAGCAGCUCCGGCUCCGACUGCAUGAAGAAAAGGUCAUUAAAGAUCGGCGGCACCACCUCAAAACGUACCCGAACUGCUUCGUUGCCAAAGAGCUGAUCGACUGGCUGAUUGACCACAAAGAGGCCUCUGACAGAGAGACAGCCAUUAAACUGGUGCAGAAAUUACUGGAUCACAGCAUUAUCCACCAUGUCUGUGAUGAGCAUAAAGAAUUCAAGGAUGUCAAACUGUUCUACCGCUUCAGAAAAGAUGACGGGACGUUUCCACUGGACAAUGAGGUGAAGGUGUUCAUGAGAGGACAAAGACUGUACGAAAAGCUGAUGAGUUCUGAAAACACCCUUCUGCAAGCCAGGGAAGAGGAAGGAGUCAAGUAUGAACGGACAUUUGUAGCAUCAGAAUUCCUUGACUGGCUGAUCCAGGAAGGAGAGGCCACGACACGAACUGAAGCAGAGCAGCUCGGCCGCAGGCUUUUGGAGCACGGAAUUAUACAGCAUGAAUCCCACUGGUGCACACAAAUUGAACCCACAAACCACCACUUUUACUUCAGUAAAGCCUUUGACAGUGUUUCCCAUAGCAGUCUCCUGGAAAAACUGUGUUCCCAUUGUGUGGGUAUGUGCACUUUCCAGUGGGUAAAAAACUGGCUGGAUGGCCUAGCUCAGAGUGUUCCCCAGGGCUCAAUAUCAGAGCCAGUCCUGUUUAAUAUCUUUAUCAGUGAUCUGGAUGAGGGUAUCAAGGGCAAUGUCAGCGAGUUCACAGAUGACACUAAGUUGGUUGGGAGUGUUGAUCUGAUGGAGGGUAGGAAGACUCUACAAACGGAUCUGGACAGGCUGGAUCAAUGGGCUGAGGCCAGUGGUAUGAGAUCCAGCAAGGCCAAGUGCCAGGUCCUGCGCUUGGAUCACAACAACCCCAGAAACCAGGGAAAUGGUUUAACUGAUACCAGUUCUCUUUCCCUCUGUAUUUUCUCUCUGUUUGUAGUGAGUCCCACCAAGGAGAUAAAGAUCGUGUCGGCAGUGCGAAGGAGCAGCAUGAGCAGCUGUGGCAGCAGCGGGUACUUCAGCAGCAGCCCAACGCUCAGCAGCAGUCCCCCCGUGCUCUGCAACCCCAAAUCUGUAUUAAAGAGACCUGUGACUGCUGAUGAGCUCUUAAUGCCUGGAGCCCCAUAUGUGAGAAAAACUUUCACGAUCGUCGGGGACGCGGUGGGCUGGGGCUUUGUGGUGCGGGGGAGCAAGCCCUGCCACAUCCAGGCUGUGGACCCCAGUGGGCCAGCAGCUGCAGCUGGGAUGAAGGUUUGCCAGUUUGUUGUAUCUGUCAAUGGCCUCAAUGUUCUCCACGUGGAUUACAGGACAGUGAGCAACCUCAUCCUGACUGGCCCUCGAACAAUUGUGAUGGAAGUGAUGGAAGAAAUGGAGGCCUGAGAAGGCAAAAAACUUUCUUACUGGAUAUUUUUGUGAGAGAAAUGGCGACAACCAUGAAGUGACAUGAGAUAAGGCAGCAGGACGUUGCUGUGUCUAAAUAGAUGAUUUUGCUUUUAGGGAAGGGGACUCUCUUUCAUUUAACAAUAAUACCACUGGUGAUUAUGCUAAGAUGUGAACAAUAGAUACCAGCAAAUUUUCACUACAGACUUCUCUUUGCCUGACAGAAACAAGAUUAAGGCCUUUAGAUUGUCCAACCAUGUCUGCAUCAGUCAGAAUGGUUUCCAACCUAAGAAGUUUUGCAUAUUAUCUCAUAGUCCACCACUGGAUCAGAGCACUUCAGGAGGUCAAAGAGCCAAACAUGAUGGGGUCAGUAUGUCACAGAUGGUUUGCAUGACAUAUUUACAUUGGUAAGCAUCGACCUGGUGUCCAGCUUUGUCCCUGGAGCAUGUGCAGUCACAGUUGCUCUCUCCUUGGGCCAAAGGACAGUUGACUAAAUGCUGGCUUGAUUGCAAUCAAACACAAACGAACUGCAAAUGCAUGAAAAAAAGGUGUCUGUGCUCUGUAGAUGAUACUCUGGCCUGAAUGUUUGGGCCUAACUGAAUACACGGGUUAGUCUAGAAAGAAAAUGGAAAAACGUGUGGUACUUUUACAAAAUCUGCCUUUGAAAAUUGGUCUUUUGUUUUCAAUGCCUGCACACUGAUUUAGGUUCUUGAGUAUAAGAUAUUGAUUUUGAGGUUUUUUCCAUAUCUGUAAAUGAAAGGUGCCUCAGGCUUGCUGUUUAUCACUUUGGAGAAAUUUUGGACACCUUUAUUCCUAAAAGAAGAAUAUUUGGCAGGUUGCAGUGGAAAAUUCACAGUGUUAGCAUUAGGAAUGAUACAUCCACAUGUUCUACUAGCAAGAAUACACUUCAAAUUGAAGCAACGUACUUGAAUGUACAUUAAGCUUGUCAGCACUUUCCAAUCAUCUGAUGUUUUGCAAAGAACCAGCUUGCCACAUGAGCUGCAUUUGACACUGUUACUAAUAAAACAUUGUAUUUAACUGACUCUUACUCUUUUUCAAACAGUAGGGUUUCUUCAUUGAUUAAAAAAAACCAUUUAUACAAAUUCCAUAUUCUGCAGUUAGGUGACUCCUCAGCUUGAUGACAAGGGGACUGCAUGGGUUUUCUUUGAUCUUUGAAUGGGAUAAAUACAUUCUUUUCCACAAAAUUAUAAAUGUAUUUUGCAGACUUUCUCUGCUGUCUAAAUUUUACAAUGAAAGCUUGACUUUCUGUAUGCGCAUACCACAAAUCAUUCAAUUAUGGGGUGGGGAAAGUAUUUUUCCUCAAAUAAUGUUGAAAUAUGUUUUAUAUUAAAAAUUGUUCUCACUAAAUAAAUUGCUCUUUCAGUAUGUUUUUGACUUACUCAAACACUUGUACAUCAGAGAUACGGCAAGUCUUCAAAAUCACACGUGCCUGCAACUUUGUAGGUAGAAGUCCCGGUGUUCUUUAUUCCUGAUACGGUAUAUCUGUGGUUGAUUUUUCACCAUGAAAACUUCUCAUAUUCCACUAAUAUGCAGCAGUGAAGAGGAGUAUGAAACUGCACCUGCUGACUUGAUAUUAACCAGGCACAAGAGGGUUUGGAGGAUUUGUUCACACUAUCAUCUGCUAUGACAGUUGUUUGUCCCAAUUGUACCUCACAACAUUUUGUAAUGUAUGUACAACCCAUACCAGGUUAUCUUCGUCAGUUCAUCUAAACUAAACAGUUGGGCACAUAAUGAUAUAUGAGACUGUAACAACUGUCGAUGGUAUCCACUUGGAACAGUUGGAAAAAAUAAUUCCAGAAAUGUUUCAGUACGCUACAAGUUUUUUGAUUUUGCGAAUCCAGGAAUGCUUCCCCCCCCCCAGCUUGUUUUGGUGGCUUGAGUGGUAUAUACUUUGUACCUCCUUAAAAUAUAAAUUCUGCAUGUCAGGCUAAGUUAAAUAUUAAAAUGUAAAGGAUUUUCUUAGCAAAAUGCUAACGAUUCUCUCUAAUGCCAUUGUGGAUUCUUCUGUAUUACAUCUCUUGCCUUAGUUAAUAUUCUGCUACAAGUUCUCUGUAGCUUACAGAUAAUUAAGAAACUGGGUCAGAAUUGGGCUUAAUAAUGCAUUACAGAGUGCACUUUAGACUGGAGCAAAAAGAGUGGGAAUGGGGGCAGGGAAAAAUCUGUGCAUUUCACUGUGUUACAGACUGAAGAUGGCAUCUUGAUUUGCAAAAUACAUUAGUCUCUAUCACAAUUUGAGCACGGCUACUUGCCUGCUUUUAAUGGGGAUUUCCAUAUGGUGUUCUCAACUUGAUUGGCAAUCCAGAUUUUAAUUAAUUCUUUCCCUCUUCAAUGUGACAAAGGUAUUCAAAUUAUCUCUGCAAUGAAAUUUUGUAUUUUUGAAAAAAGAAUGCAAAGUAAACAGUUCAGCUAUGCCAUGUAUCAUUUCCAAUUAAGUUGCAGUUUGCACACAGUGCUGCAUAUACUCCAAGACAUCCCACAGGAGUCAGUGUCAAAAUCUCAUGCACUUCAGAGGGCAUAGAAUUUUGAAUAUAACAGACCACCUUGCUUCCUGCAAAGUGCCAGGGGAAAUGUAAGAUUAUUCACAGAAGUGAGGCAUUUCAAGAGAUGCAUGAAUAUCACAGUGUGGACUGAAGCAAGAAACUAGAAAAGGAAAAAAACCCCUGGCACCAGCUGUAAUAGCUUCAUUAAAAAGAUAGGCAUUUUUGUAAGGCUUACUCUGUUAUGUGAUCACAUUUUUGAUUACCAUAGAUCUUGUAGAUCCUCUAAUAAAUCUUUAAGCCGUAAUAAUACAGAUUCAUGCCACCU